GGAGGGAGGAGGAAAAAAAAUAAACAGCUGCUUUUACGUCACAUGAAACUGGCAGCGUGGUAUGACACUACCAGAGGGCUGUUGCUGUUUGCGGUCUCUGCGGGCGUUCAGUUGUGUGGUGGGAGCGCCGCGAGUAGGAGAGUGUUUGCUGUUCCUGACGUCCAGUAGCGAUCAGCAGUAGACAUGUUGGUGGAGGCCCUGCUGUUCGGGGCGCUGAUCUUCCUGCUGUGGCAGAGCUUCAGGAAGCCUCCCGGCCUGCCUCCAGGGAGGUGGGGCCUUCCCCUCGUGGGCUACAUUCCCCUCACAUCGAAGUCUAUGGAGGAACAAAUACAAGACCUCCGGAAACAGCACGGAGACAUCUUCCUAUGGAAGAUGGGGACGCAGCUGAUGGUGUUCCUACAUGACUACAAACUCGUCAAGGAAGCCUUCAGCCGGACAGAGUUCACGAACAGGCCAGACUGGGAGACGUUCAAGUUUUUCGAGGAUCCCAUCAAGGGGAUUGCCUCGAGCAAUGGCCUUCUUUGGCACAACAACCGCCGCUUCACCUUACGGCAGCUUCGCGACCUUGGCAUGGGCAAGUCCAAGCUGGUAGAGGCGAUUCAACACCAGGCGCUGCAGUUCAGGAAGAGCAUUGCGAAACAAGCGGGGAAGGCGGCGCCGAUCCCCCACGACCUGCACGUGGCCGUGGUCAAUGUGAUCUGGCAGAUGGUGGCAAGCAAACAGUUUGAUGCAGAAGAUCCCAAAUUAAAAAAGUUUGUGAAGCUCAUGAAGGAUAUCUUAAUCACCUCUAACCGUUUGGCCUUCAAGGACUUCUUUCCGUGGCUUGAGUACCUCAUGCCAGCUUUCCUCUUUAAGAUCCUGAUAAAGUAUUCUGAUGUAAUGGCCAUCAAUGAGGCAUUCUACACCUACUUCUACGAGGAGAUUGAGCGCCACCGAGCCACGCUGGAUCCUGACAACCCACGGGACCUGAUGGACGGCUACCUGCUGGAGAUGGAGGAGCGGAAGGACGACCCGAAGACGACCUGCAGCGAUCAAGACUUGGUUGCCGUUCUGUUCGAUCUGUUUUUCGCCGGGAGUGAGACCACCACCAACACCAUCAUCUGGGCCUCUGACUACCUGGCGGCUAACCCCAAUGUGCAGCAGAAACUUCAAGCUGAAAUUGAUGCCGUGCUGCCCAAGGGUGUUUUGGCUACCCUAGCAGAUAAGCCCAAAAUGCCUUAUCUGGAAGCAGUGGUUAACGAGGUGUUGAGGGCAUCGUCGCUGGUGAACUUUGGGGUGCAGCACGUGGCCAACACAAAUACUGAACUUGGAGGGUACACCAUUCCCAAGGGAACGGUCCUGAGCAGCUCAGUAUUUGCCAUCCAGUCUGACAGCCGCUAUUGGAACCAGCCUGAGAAGUUCAUGCCUGAGCGAUGGCUGGACGAGUCGGGCAAGUUUGUGUCCAAGAAGGAAGGUUUCUUGCCAUUCGGUGUAGGGAAGCGCACAUGUCCUGGGGAGAGUCUGGCCCGCAUGGAACUUUUCGUCUUCCUCACCACAAUCUUCCAGAGCUUUUCUGUCGCCCCGCCGCCCGGCAAGCCCGUUAACCUUACGCCUGAUGUCAGUGGUUUCUUCAUGCACUUGCCACAGUUCAAUGACCUCGUCUUCACCACCAGGCAGCAAUAAUCAGUGUCACCAUCAAUUGAUGUCCACUGCCUUGCUGAGACUUGUGGCAGUCACUGACUAAGAGUAUGCUCACGAUGAUUGCAAACUUUAUAAACUCUAUAUAUACAAAUUAAUCAUUAAAACCAAACACUAAGUUAUAUUAACAUUCAUGUAAGUUCAUGCUCAUGCAACUGAUUUAGCAUAUAAUUAAUUGUUUAAUGUUUAUAGAAUCCUACAUACUGUAUUCCUGGAUAUUAGCUUUUUAUUUUUUCAAUUAAUAUAAGUGAUGCGGCAACCAUAAAAUUGUACCUAGCUAGGUCUGAUUAAACUAUAACAUCUUUCUGAGGAUAAGGUGGAAAAAAAGCUGCGUGAUGUUCUGCCUCGCACUGUUGAGUGCUGUUACCCGCUGUGCGGAGUGCCUGGCAGAUGUGAGUGUAUACAUUUAUGACUGCUAUUGUACCGCGUACCUGUUAACUGUUCCCAUGUGUUUCAUCUCGCGUCCGCCUUGUCCACAAACAUCCUGAGACGCUGUGCGCUGGCCACCCAUUACUCUCCUCAUCGGUAAAUAGGCGCACCUAACAUCACCAUAGCCGAGCCAGGAUUCAGGACGUUUCCUAAGUUAAAGGAGGUAAUGUUAUAAUUGUAUUUCGUAAAGAAUCCUUAUAACCAAAAACUAACUAAAAUUAUGAGUAUUCCUUUUCUUGAAUAGAACAUUGAAUAAGCAACAGAACAAUGGCAUGAAAAUACGUAUAGCCACCGUUGCCAGAUUAUCGUACUCAGAGCAUAGUAUUUACCGGUUUCUGACGCCUAACUACUGUAUUGCCAAGAAACAUCAGGAUCUAACUCUUUUAAUGAUAACUAUAAAUGAGUUUCGUUAUUGGAGCCCAGAAGAAAGUUUUGGGGCAGAAAGUCGGGAAAUAUAAGCGGCUGAGUACGACAGUCUGGCAACAGUCUGUGGCCCUAGGCAGCAACUUACGCCAUUUUGCGGGUAUCAGAUUUUUUAAAUAGCAUAUUUUUACUGCGCAAAGCAGGUGCUGUCACUUACUGUGACUUCGUGAACUUAUAUAUAUAUAUAUAUAUAUAUAUAUAUAUAUAUAUAUAUAUAUAUAUAUAUAUAUAUAUAUAUAUAUAUAUAUAUAUAUAUAUAUCAUUAUUAUAAAUAUUAUUAUUGUUAUUGUUAUUAUUAUUAUUAUUAUUAUUAUUAUUAUUAUUAUUAUUAUUAUUAUUAUUAUUAUGGUGUAUAUUCAUCCCUACCAGAUGUCACCAGCUACUACGUCUUUGUUCUUUCAAUUAUCGUAAAUUACCUGUGUUUCUCAAGCACUUUUAACUAUUACACUUCAAUACAAUAAGUGAUACUGUUAUUAAUAAAAAAAUGUAGUUGA